AGCUCGCUGCAGACACACACACUUUCUCUCCCAUCUCCCUCCUCCUGCUGCUGCCGCUUCUCUUUCCCCCCAUCCCUUUAACAACCAUCCCAGUUCUGGCCAUGGACCGGUCAAGCUUCUUCCUCAGCUUACUGGUGUGCCUCCUUCCCGUUCUCCAGGCAUGUCCCCCAAGCUGCCACUGCCACGGUGGGGAUCUCCAGCACGUCAUCUGUGACAAUGUGGGGCUGAAAAAGAUCCCAAAGGUGCCAGAGCAAACGCGGCUUCUCAACCUGCAGCGGAACAACUUCCCUGUCCUGCCGACCAAUGCAUUCAGGGAGAUGAAAGGGCUCGUGUCCCUCCACCUCCAGCAUUCGCACAUCAAGGAGAUCUCCAGCGGCGCCUUCCGGGGACUGAAGCAGCUAGUCUACCUGUACCUCUCCAAUAACGACAUCAGCGUCAUCAAGAUGGGAGCCUUCGACGACCUGACUGAGCUCACCUACCUGUACAUGGACAAUAACAAGAUCUCGGACUUGCCCAAAGGGCUUCUCUCUCCGAUGAUUAACCUCUUCAUCCUGCAGCUGGGCAGCAACAAGAUCAGAGAGCUGAGGUCCGGGGCCUUCAGCGGUACCAAGGACCUGCGCUGGCUCUACCUCUCUGACAACUCCCUCUCUUCCAUCCAGCCUGGGGCCCUGGAUGAUGUGGAAAACCUCGCCAUCUUCCACUUGGAUAAGAACCAGCUGAGCACUUACCCCGUGGCUGCAAUGAACAAGCUGAGGGUGGUGGAAGACCUGAAGCUGUCUCACAACCCUAUGAAGGUCAUUCCUGACAACGCCUUCCAAUCCUUCGGGCGCUACCUGGAGACCCUCAGCCUGGACAACACAGGCCUGGAAAAAUUUACAGAUCACGCCUUUUCUGGAGUGACCACCCUGAAGACGGUCCAUCUCGAGAACAACAAGCUGACCCAGCUGCCCAGCAACUUCCCAUUCGGCAAACUGGAGAAGCUCACCCUGUCCAACAACCCCUGGCACUGCUCCUGUCAGCUAGCUCCUCUGCGCAAGUGGUUGAAGGCCAGCCGCACCCGCCCUGAUGGGGCCUGCGCCUCACCAGCUCAGUACCGAGGACAGCAGAUCAGAGACGCUGCCGUCCUCCGCAGCUGCAAGCUCCCUACCAAGCGGUCCAAGAAAGGAAGUCGCCAUUAAACAGUAGGCCCCACAUGGCUAGUCCUGGUGACUGCCCACUUCAACCAAUCACAAAACUACUGACUCCUUCCAAAUCCAUCCUUCAGCUUCUUCCACCUAUCAGGAAAUAUUUCUGAUGUAUCCAGAACACCUCCAGCCUUCUCACAGUCACCGCUUCUCUGCAGACUGCAGGAUGGAGUACAUCUUUUCAAUCUUUUCUGACAUUAUGUAUUUUUAAAGAGUCAUUUUAAACUAAAACUAUGCAUGACCACGCUAAGACAAGCUAACCUAGAUCCUGCCAGUAAAGCACAGUCAUCUGCCCACAGACAACGACGUAACCAGUGGCCCCGAUUGCCCCCAUCUCUCUCCUUCCAGUGGGGUGGAAACAAAUGGAAAGACACAAGGGUUUCUCCCCGUCUUUGCCAGCGGGAAAUCCUAUCUCAACUCAUGCAGACAGAAUCCUCCUCCCACCUGAGGAGUCGAUCCCUGCGGGUCAGGGCUGAGGACCACAGGGGAAGCCAUGUCCAAGAGUCCAUGGAUGCAGAGAGGGAGCUACCCUGUCGUUCCAAAAGGAGGCAAUCUCUCUCUCUGGGUCAGGCCUGACGUCUGUUAGUGGAACAAUGUUGGGGAACCCCCAACACUGAAAUAGUUUGGAGGCUCAAUUCACUUCUUGCCCCUCCCAAGCAAGAGGCAAGGUAUGCAUUACAUUGCCCUGUAUCUGGGGAGUGACCGGGCUCUACCUUCCUCCUCCUUUGCCUUCCCCAAGCCCAGAGAACCCAGUGAGAGGCAGAAAGAUGACUGUGGUUUAUCGUCCUGGAUUUUACAGCACCACAGUUUCAACUUAACUGCAUUUUUUAUCCUAAAGAUUUAUAUAAAUAUAUAUAUAUAUAUUUAUUCCUCUGUAACUGAGUGUAAAUGACCUUUAAGGGGAUAAAAAAAACUUCCUCUUACUUCUAUAUAGAAAAAAAAUUGUAUAUUUUCUUAUGUACAUCUUCUGUAUAAAGCUCUUGCUGCAAAGAUGAA